AUGGCACCAACAAUGGGUCUGAAUAAUAAUAAUAAUAAUGGAAAUGGACAAAGUGGUGGUGAUUCACCCUUAUCAAAGACUUAUCAAUAUCGGAAGAUCAUGAAGCCAAUGCUUGAACGUAAAAGACGUGCAAGAAUAAAUCGUUGUUUGGAUGAAUUAAAAGAACUCAUUACUGGAGCUUUACAGAAUAGUGAUGGUGAAGAGAACAUUACUAAACUGGAAAAGGCUGAUAUCUUAGAACUUACCGUUCGUCAUUUUCACAACCUUAAACGGCAAAAUAAAUUCUACGUGAAAUCGGACCAAAGUUAUGCUGAUCGCUUUCGUGAUGGCUUCUCGCAAUGUGCCAAAGAAGUUACGAAAUUCCUUUACAGUCAGCAGAAUCGUGCUGGUGAGCACAUCAUUGUUCAUCUCAACGAUUGCAUGCGACGACUUGAUGGAUUAACCAACACUCCAAAUAAUAUGCAAAUAAACAACAACAACAACAAUAAUUACAUUUCAAAUGACAAUUUACAUUUGGAAUUAAAUCAUCAACAGUCAGCGUCGUUUGUUUCACUUCAUCAGGCACCAUCGCAUCAUCAUCAACAUCCUCAUAAUCCAAAUAAUACAAUUCGACAACCAAUUCCAUUAUUAAGGAAAAGUCCAAUCCCACCGCAACACUAUUUACUGCCACUUCCGUCAACUUCACCGCAAGCUCCAAACGGUGGCAGUCCAAUCAUGUUGAGAACUAUAAGCCGCGAAUCAAUGUCAUCGACAUCGUCAAACGAUCAGAAUAAAGAUGACUCGAAAUGUUGUUGGCGUCCUUGGUGA